UCGAGGGUGUUUUUGGCUCUUUUUUUUUUUUUUUUUCUCCAGCCGAGAGGACGCGGCUGUGAUACGAAGAUCUUGUGUGGACAGUAAUGACCUCACGUUUCCGAUUGCCUGCUGGCAGAACCUACAAUGUACGAGCAUCAGAGUUGGCCCGAGACAGACAGCAUACAGAGGUUGUUUGCAACAUCCUUCUUCUGGAUAAUACUGUACAAGCUUUCAGAGUUAAUAAACACGAUCAGGGGCAAGUUUUGUUGGAUAUAGUCUUCAAGCAUCUUGAUUUGACUGAACGAGACUAUUUUGGAUUACAGUUGGCUGAUGAUUCUACAGAUAAUCCAAAGUGGCUGGAUCCAAACAAACCAAUAAGGAAGCAGCUAAAGAAACUACUUUUAUUAAUUUUAGGAGGAUCUCCUUACAGUUUGAACUUUAGAGUCAAAUUUUUUGUAAGUGACCCCAACAAGUUACAAGAAGAGUAUACAAGGUACCAGUAUUUUUUGCAAAUUAAACAAGACAUUCUUACUGGAAGAUUGCCUUGUCCUUACAAUACUGCUGCCCUUUUAGCUUCAUAUGCUAUUCAAUCUGAACUUGGAGACUACAAUCAAUCAGAAAAUUUGCCAGGCUACCUCUCAGAGUAUUCUUUCAUUCCUAAUCAACCUCAAGAUUUUGAAAAGGAAGUUGCAAAAUUGCAUCAACAACAUAUAGGCUCAUCUCCUGCAGAAGCAGAAUUUAAUUACCUAAAUACAGCACGUACCUUAGAACUCUAUGGAGUUGAAUUCCACUAUGCAAGGGAUCAAAGUAACAAUGAAAUUAUGAUUGGAGUGAUGUCAGGAGGAAUUCUGAUAUAUAAGAACAGGGUACGAAUGAAUACUUUUCCAUGGUUGAAGAUUGUAAAAAUUUCUUUUAAGUGCAAGCAGUUUUUUAUUCAACUUAGAAAAGAGUUGCACGAGUCUAGAGAAACAUUACUGGGAUUUAAUAUGGUGAACUACAGAGCAUGCAAAAAUUUGUGGAAAGCAUGUGUAGAACAUCACACAUUCUUCCGUUUGGACAGACCACUUCCACCUCAAAAGAAUUUUUUUGCACAUUAUUUUACAUUAGGUUCGAAAUUCCGGUACUGUGGCAGAACUGAAGUCCAGUCAGUUCAAUAUGGCAAAGAAAAAGCAAAUAAAGACAGGGUGUUUGCAAGAUCCCCUAGUAAGCCAUUGGCACGGAAAUUAAUGGAUUGGGAAGUAGUAAGCAGAAAUUCAGUAUCUGAUGACAGGUUAGAAACACAAAGCCUUCCAUCAAGAUCUCCACCUGGAACUCCUAAUCACCGAAAUUCUGUAUUCACACAAGAGGGGAACCGGGUACGACCAUCCUCAGUUGGUCAUUUGGUAGACCACGUGGUUCACCCUUCUGCCAGUGAAGUUUUUGUGAAUGAAAGAUCUCCAUCAUCAACACAAGCUAAUAGCAUUGUGCUGGAAUCAUCACCAUCACAAGAAACACCUGAAGAUGGGCAGCCUCCAGCUUUACCACCCAAACAAUCUAAGAAAAACAGUUGGAACCAAAUUUAUUACUCACAUUCUCAACAAGAUCUGGAAAACCAUACUAGUGAAACAUUUGAUGUUCCAUCUUCCCCUGAAAAGUCUACACCUAAUGGUGGUAUUCCACAUGAUAAUCUUGUUCUGAUCAGAAUGAAACCAGAUGAAAAUGGAAGAUUUGGAUUCAAUGUGAAGGGAGGAUAUGAUCAGAAGAUGCCUGUGAUUGUGUCCCGAGUAGCACCAGGAACACCUGCAGACCUCUGUGUCCCUCGAUUGAAUGAAGGGGACCAAGUUGUACUGAUUAAUGGUAGGGACAUUGCAGAGCAUACCCAUGAUCAAGUUGUCCUGUUUAUUAAAGCUAGCUGUGAGAGACAUUCUGGAGAACUUGUGCUUCUAGUUCGACCUAAUGCUGUGUAUGAUGUAGUGGAAGAAAAGUUAGAAAAUGAGCCAGACUUCCAAUACAUUCCUGAGAAAGGCCCACUAGAUAGUAUCCAUCAAGAUGACCACUCUCUGCGGGAGUCAAUGAUCCAGUUAGCUGAGGGGCUUAUCACUGGAACCGUCCUGACACAAUUUGAUCAACUAUAUCGGAAAAAACCUGGAAUGACAAUGUGUUGUGCCAAAUUACCUCAGAACAUUUCCAAAAAUAGAUAUAGAGAUAUUUCACCUUAUGAUGCUACACGGGUUAUUUUAAAAGGCAGUGAAGACUACAUCAAUGCAAACUAUAUAAAUAUGGAAAUUCCUUCUUCAAGUAUCAUUAAUCAGUAUAUUGCUUGUCAAGGUCCAUUACCACAUACUUGUACAGAUUUUUGGCAAAUGACAUGGGAACAGGGCUCCUCCAUGGUUGUAAUGUUGACCACACAAGUUGAACGUGGCAGAGUAAAAUGUCACCAGUAUUGGCCAGAUGCAAUAGGAAGUUCAUCCUAUGGCUGCUACCAAGUCACUUGCCACUCUGAAGAAGGAAACCCUGCCUAUAUCUUCAGGAAGAUGACCCUGUUUAACCAAGAGAAAAAUGAGAGUCGUCAGCUCACUCAGAUCCAGUACAUAGCCUGGCCUGACCAUGGAGUCCCUGAUGAUUCAAGUGACUUUCUGGAUUUUGUUUGUCAUGUACGUAACAAGAGGGCUGGAAAAGAAGAACCUAUUGUUGUUCAUUGCAGUGCUGGAAUUGGAAGGACUGGGGUUCUUAUUACUAUGGAAACAGCCAUGUGUCUCAUUGAAUGCAAUCAACCAGUUUAUCCACUAGACAUUGUAAGAACAAUGAGAGAUCAACGAGCCAUGAUGAUACAAACACCUAGUCAAUAUAGAUUUGUAUGUGAAGCUAUUCUGAAAGUUUAUGAAGAAGGCUUUGUUAAACCCUUAACAACAACAUCAAAUAAAUAAGAAAACAAAAGGUCUGGGAUGUGUGUUGGAAAACUGCUUUUCAUUAUAAUCACAGUGCCAUAAGACUGUUCACAGGAAAUGGCAUCUCACAAAAAAUGAAGAACUCAAAAAUACUUUGAAAGCCUUCAGCACUAUUGCACUUUAUGUUUAGAAAAAUGUCACUCUUGGAGAUCUACAACUCAUAUAUUGGAAGACUAUUUCAUGCUUUGCUCCGAACAAGUAGUGAAUAACUGAGUAUGUUCGGGGUAAUUUUUGAAAUUUUGUGGUGGUGCCAUGCAGUCCCUUUUGGUAAAAUUGCCACAAACAAGGCUCAGAAUUCUCAUCAUCUCUGUUGUACCUGAAUCCUGAAAGCAAGAAGAAACAAACAUCAGGAGUCAGCUCUGGCCUUUGCCAGUUGUUCAUUUACUUACUAAACUGGUUACCAGAUUUUAUUUUUAAGAUUUUAGCAAUACCAUUCUCAAUAUUAGCCAAUACACUGCCUAUGGAUGCAGCACAUCUAUCCCUACACACCCCUGUAAAGACCUGCUGUUCAGAAGAAGAAAGGUGGAAUUUACUUUUCCAGGAAAUGCUGCAUAUUGUCCAUUUACCAGCAUCUUAUAGAAAAUAGAAAGAUGAAUCUACAAAUUUUCUUGGAUUUAGUAAUGUAACUUAUAUUUAUCAUAAAGUUGGCUUAUUCCAAAUCAUGUGAUUUCACAUACUUGAUGUAAAGGAAUGCAUGCAUUGUGUCUUAACCCCUUAAGUGCCUUGAGACAUCUUUGUAUGUCUAAUGAAAAGGCACUCAUUUGACCCCACUAGGAGGUAUGUAUGUAUAUUGUACAUUCUUACAUUUUUAUGCAUUUCAAAUAAGUUCACAUUUUCAAAAACAGCUUCUUGUAUUGAGAGUUAUACAGUCAAAACAUGGCAAGGAAAUCCUGUCUUAGUACUUGUAUUUUGUCAUAAGCCAAGAAAAAGUUUGUAUUCUCUUGAGUGCACGCUCUGCUGCUAUGGAAUUGUUCAAAAUCUAUACAUUCCUUUACUGAAGGACGGGUUACAGUUCAGCAGCUUAACUUUAAAAACAUGCUUUAUUCACAAUUUUGUACUGCUUUGUCCCUAACAUUAGAAGUGAUGUUUAAUAUGCACAUUAGAGAUAAACCUAUUGAUACAGUAAGUUAAAGUAAGAGCAGUUAAUGGGUUGUAGUUUAUUCCUAUCUGUAAGGCAUUACCUUUGGCACUUAUUUCAGUAAUAGCAAGCUUUCUCCCCUUAGGUGUUUUGGUUGGGAUUCUUGAAAAUAAAUACUAUUGACUUAUUUUUACAUGUAACUCUCAAUAGUAAAAUGAGAGUGUUUUGUCAUUUUUGUGUAUAAUUAAAUUCCCCCAGUUUAUGCUUAUUAAGUUAUAAGCAUG